GACGUCCCCGCGGUACUGUCAGCAAAAAUAACGCGUGUCGAAAUCCAAAAAAAUCGAGCUCCGGCACUCGCCUUCGGUGUGGAACUUAUUGAUUUUUCCCUUUUUGCGCUUCGCACUAUAGUCGUUGCAGCGAUUCUUGUUCUAUUGUGAAUAAGAUUUUCUUCGUCGCUCCGUACAAGAGACUAUUAAUAAAGGCGCAAAAUGGCUGCUGCAGCAAUGGCACACGAGAAACUGUGGCAGGAGAAAUCCACGAUGAACGCAGCUGAAAAGACGUACUACGAGUACAUGGCGAAGCUUUCCGUUGCGGGGAAGAUGGAGUCGCACGAUGGAGUGGCGGCCGGACCGAAAAUAGAACAGCCAAAAAAAGGAAACGCUGCCGCUUCUCAACAAUCAGCGUCACAGCAGCAGCAACAGCAGCAGCAGCAAGGGCAGUCAAGAAAGAUGGAUGCCGCAUCAGUCGAAUCUUCGCCACCACCAUCGGCUGGUGAUGCACCGAAAACGAAGAAGGACAAAAAGAAGCGAAACAAGGGCAAGAAAGAUAGUACCCCGACUGAUACCGAGUCUUCCGAAAAGUCGGUUAACAGUGGUAACACGGCUACGGCUUUGGUAGAUGAUGUACCCGAGCCUAAACCACAGCCUCCGGUCGUUGAACAAGCCGAGGUGCAUAAGGAACCGGCAAAGAAAAAAUCGAAGAAAUCGAAGAAAUCCAAGGGACAGGAAGAUGCCUCGACCGUACAGGAUAAUGAUAACAAGUAUCAAGAGAACGUUGCCGUGCAGCAGCAGAAUGCCAAAAAUCUGAAGGAGAAGGAAAAUUUGGCGCACAAGCUAUGCGAUAACAUAACGGAGGAACUGAACAAGAUCAACUCCGUUCCAUCUCAGUGCACUUUGGCUUCGGAAAUAUCGAAAGCCAGGCAACACAUCAAAAAUUCGCUCGAGCGGAUGGAUGGUAUUGCCGCAUUGGCAGCUAGCCCCGGAGCCGAGUUGCUGGAUCGUUUGUCCUCGGUGGAGAAGGAAAACGAAAAGCUGCGCUCGAUUAUCGACGGACUGAACAAUCUUGUCAUUGAUUUGCACGAGCGUGUCCGAUCGCUUGAAUCAGGCAGCGGCAAACCGGCGGCUGCUGGUAAACCAGCUGCUGCGCCCAAGACUGCCGCCCCUGCCAAGAAGGUCGAAGCAGAAGACGAUGACGAUGAUGUCGAUUUGUUUGGAUCGGAGGACGAGGACGAGGAUAAGGCAGCAGCCGAGCUGCGCGAAAAGCGUCUGGCCGAAUACGCGGCGAAAAAGUCGAAGAAACCGGCACUGAUUGCGAAAUCGAACGUGAUCCUCGAUAUUAAGCCGUGGGAUGAUGAGACCGACAUGAAGGUGAUGGAGCAGGAGGUGCGAAAAAUCAACGCCGAUGGAUUGUUGCUCGGUGCGGCCAAGCUCGUACCGUUGGCGUACGGCAUUCACAAGCUGCAGAUGUCGUGCGUGAUUGAGGAUGAUAAGAUUUCCGUCGACUGGCUGCAGGAAGAGAUCGAGAAGAUUGAGGAUUACGUGCAGAGCGUGGACAUCGCUGCGUUCAAUAAGAUUUAAUGUGGGACUUUUGACUGGCAGUAACAUCCCGCACAGCAACAUGGCAGAUCAUCCCGUAAAAUAUUUUUAAUCGAUUUUACUACAUAAUAACUCAAGACAGACGGCCACACACACGUAGAUGGGGAAGAAGAACGGCAGAGAAUUGAAGAACGCUGGUCGCCAUCUUUCUAUCCUAGUGACGGUUGCUUCUUUCAAAUUGAAAGCACAUUAAAUGGAAUAUUAUAUCUUAUUACAUCUGUGUACAUCCGGGUUGAUCAAGUAAACACAACAUUUUCCACAUCUA